GCUGAACCUGAAGUGGACCGCACGUGGAAAGGCUGGCAUAACAAGCAAUUGGGAAUUGAUCUUUAGCAUCGCGUUGGGAUCCUCGUGUUGCGUGUGUCCGGAUUGAUCACCCCGGUGCCACUCCUGCCCCACGCCCCGUCACAUCUGAACCAUGCCGGCGGCCGCCAUGCUGGAGACGGGAACGCGUGGGUCGACUGCCACCUCCUCCGCGUGGUCGGCCGAGCCCUAUCGCUUCACCGGCGAUGAGCGGGCCUCGCAUUUGGGUCUCAUCACGCCCGAUGGCCGACUCAAAGUCUUCAAUCGCAGUCUAAACGCCCUCAAGGCCGAGUUCCUGCCCACGUCGCACCUGACGGCAGCCUGUACCGCUUUGGCGUGGCGACCCGAGACGCUGGAAAACCCCAAGUCGCCCAAAAAAAAUCGCAAGCGAAAGAGUUCGUUGUCCUCGAUGUCGAAUGGGGUGGACGGCUCGGAAGGCGGAGCCCGAGCCAAGUUUGAUCAAAUGGCCAUUGGAACGGCUGAUGGCUCAAUUGUCAUCUACUCGCUUCAAUCCGGACAAGUCAAACACAACGAGGCCAAAGUCCACGCCUCGCGGGUCAAUGAUUUGGUUUGGAAUACCGCUGGCAGCAUAGUCUAUUCUUGCGACGAAGCCGGCUACAUUGGCCAAUUUCCCAUUUCCAAGGCCGUGUUCACUAAGUUUAAGUGCGGCAUCAAGAAAGCCUCGUUGUUCUCGAUUCGACUUCACCCGCAAGGUUCCAGUCUGAUCGUGGGCUCCAAAUCUCAGAUGAUCUGGAUCGAUCUCGAGUCUCAAAAACCUAUCCACACCUUCGUGGAUCAUCAGGGCGAUAUCCGGGCCUUGAGCGUGUUCACCUCGUCCGAAUCCGCCUACGUGUGUGCCAGUGGCUCAAGCGAGAAAGACUUGACUGUGUCGGUGUGGAAGUUGGAUGCGAACAUUUUGUCGCAGGACAAUCCAGAAGUGACGCUGAACGUCAAUGAGACCGUUCAUGCCAUUUGCACGAGUCCAAGCCACCAUGAUGACGUCGGCAAUGGGGUUAGAAUUGGCUGUGUCACGGCCAGUGGCAUGUUUCAUUGUUUCGAAUUCGACCCCGAAAGCAAACGCAAGAAGGGCAAGUUGCUUAAGCCCAAAUUGACCAUUCAGGUGGCCACGGGCAAGGACAAAUCAACGGGUAGUAAGGUAGUACCAUUGCCCGUUUUGGGUGCUGCCUUGGCCGAGAAUAAAGUGUUCCUCGUCCAUGGGAGCCACUCUCGUCCCGCCUUUGAAGAAUGUGACUACGAUCAAUUGGAAAAAGUGACUUGUCUCAUUCGCACACUCAACACCGCCCCCGCCCAAAUCCCAACUGGCACAAAAGUGACGGUCCCGGAUUCCGCCUCUUCUAAGGAUAUUGUGGUCGUUGGACCAGGUGCCUCCAUGGCCAAAGCAACACUAAGAAAACGGAAAACCUCGGUCAGUGACAAACUUGAAGACUUGCCCAUGAUUGAUAGGUUGCGCCUUCUGUCCAAGGAAACCGAUCACGUGACCACCCCCCCAAGAACAGAUUCGGUUCUUCAGCUUCUGCUCCAAGGGCUGCAUAACCAGGAUCGGCGCAUUUUGGAUUCAGUCUUGGACCGCGCAGAUUUGGACAUGAUUGACAAAACGGUGCAAAAACUUCCCGUCGAAGGCGUGAUCCCGCUCAUUCAAGAACUGCAUCAUUACAUCCAGGGUCGUGGAAUGGUUAAUAGCUCGCAUUCGAAAUGGCUCAAAUCGGUCCUGCAACAUCACACAUCUUUUCUAAUGAGCAAUGCCCAUUGCCAAGAGCUCCUGGGACCCGUUUAUGCCAUGUUGGAAGCGCGAACCCGACAUUACGCGUCAUUGGCUCAACUGAAAGGCAAACUGGACAUCCUCACCAAGCAAAUCACCAUGAAACCGGAAGAGAGAAAGUCCAUGGACGUGGCCAAAGAGGCAUUGUUAUCAUAUAAGGAUGACUCGUCGGAUGACCAGUCGGAUAUCAUGGACGAACUUCUUCCCCCUCCAUCGGACAUCGAGGACAAUUGGAAGAUCAAUAACGACGAGGAAGAGGAGGAUGAAGAUUCCGACGAGGAUGAUGAGGAGCAGGUCAAUGGGGAUGAAGAAGAUGAGGUCGAGGAUGAUGAUGAAGAAGACAUGGACAGCGAUUGAAAACGCUCCAACUGCACUAUUAUGUAAAUCCUACCGCGAAUAUUUUUUGAACUAUACAUGCAGUUCGUGUGAUGAUCACUUCUUUACUCUCAAAUUACAAAAUGAUAUGCGAUGCUA